AUGAUAGGCUUGAGACAGGCAGGAUCACACAAAGGUAUCAAUCAACCCGUGGCAUGUGACAGGCUCUUUAGCUCAAUUGCUGGCAAAACUGUACCAGCUGCUUUGGGGAUCUUGGGCUGUUGGUGCAUUGCGCCUGUGAUGUUCAUGGUGCCUCCAUAUGGAUUACUGGCGAAACAUAUGUUACUCCUCGGGGGAAAUGUCGUUAGUGUUUCGGAAAAUAGCAAGUACCGUUCUAUUAAUCCGAAAGUCAAACGCGGUGCCAAGCUUUAUGAUGCAGUACUUGAUAAGAUAACAGAUUGCUGUGAAUCACCAUUGCGGCAGCCCAGUAGGAAGAUAGAUAAGACCAUUUUUUGUUGGCAAGCCAUUUGUGGUGAUCAUUAUCACAAUCACAAUAAUAUACUUGUCAUGCAUGAAUAUUUGACAACCUUACCUCCACUGGCAGGACUGUAUGUACGGAUCGGCGGAGAAGCGGUCAGGGCAAAUGGCCCUGAAGUUGGACACCCCGGCGGCGUCCAAUUCGUUCGUUAG